GCAAAACGGGAUCAAGCGAAAACCCAUCGGGCGGGCAUAAGGUAUGGCAUCGACCGACGAUGGGGACGACGUCCGUCAUGACGUCAAGGAAAACAAGGUAGAUAUCGAAGGAGUGACCCCUGAUGUAUCCAUGGACGAAAGGCAGGCCGAGGACGUUGAUUUGCAGGGAGGUGAAGAUGAUUCUGGCAUCGUUGGUGCGAGUCCAGACAACGACAAUGACAUCGACAACGCUCCCGACUUGCCGAUUGCGAUUGCCACUGAAGUUUCCGAGGAAGCAUCACCACGUGACGACAAGAAGACAUCCAAUGACGUGCAUGUCGAUGCAGUGAACACCACUGCCACAACAUCUGACGUGCCAAUCGAUGGGGAUGCUGAUGUCGUAGGCCAUCCUGCUGAGUCACCCAUUCCUCUCCCCGGUGCUGUCGUCGAGGAGGAGUCAACGUCCGAACCCACCAUUGAGUCUAGCCUCGCACAACCUCCUCCCCUUCGGUCUCCCAACGUCCCAUCGGAAGAUGGCGCCAACAACCACCCAACGUCCAGUAUCUCAACCAUGACACCAGUUGUUCCUUCAUCGUCCCCACUCAAACGCAAACGUACAACAGACGAUAGCAUCAUCGCCCGUCCCUGCCCGAUCCCGGCAGACUACUCUGCCUCCAUCAACCCGUCGGGCGACCCCGACUUGACGAGCGCAAUCCUGUCGCGCGACGAGAUGGCCAAGAAAGAAGAAGACACGGGGUUGCUCGAGUUUUGCGUCAUCACAAACGACGGCACGCCGGAGCGCAUGGUGCAGCUCAUGACUCUGAAGAACAUCUUCUCCAAGCAGCUGCCAAAGAUGCCCAAGGAGUACAUUGUCCGGCUCGUAUUCGACCGCAACCACCAGAGCAUGGUGAUCCUCAAGAACAAAAAGACGGUCGUGGGCGGCAUCUGCUACCGGCCGUUCCUGGCCAACCAUUUCGGGGAGAUUGCAUUUUGUGCGAUCACGGCCAGCGAGCAGGUCAAGGGCUACGGCACGCGACUGAUGAACCACCUCAAAGAGUUUGUCAAGACUCAGCACCUGACGCACUUUCUCACGUACGCCGACAACUACGCGAUCGGGUACUUCAAGAAGCAGGGCUUCUCCAAGGUCGUGUCCAUGGCCAGGCCCAACUGGUUUGGGUACAUCAAAGACUACGAUGGCGGCACGCUCAUGGAGUGCCAGAUCCACCCACACAUCAACUACCUCAACAUCACCGCCAUGGUGCACGCCCAACGUGCCAUGCUUGUAGAUGAAAUCCAAAAGAGAUCGAAAGCCGCCAUCGUGUACCCCGGACUGACGACGUUUUGCGAUGCGCGACUGGUCAACAUACAUGCUGUACCUGGUGUCAAGGAAGCUGGAUGGAGCCAGACCCUGAUUCGCACCAGUCGAACAAACCGCGACUCGAGUUCGUUGAAGCAGCAACUGCAGUCGAUGUGGAAAUCAUUUUCCAACCACCGCAGCGCGUGGCCGUUCCAUGAGCCGGUGGACGUGACGGUCGUGACGGAUUACUUGGAGAUCAUCCAGUGCCCCAUCGACCUCUCGGCGAUUCAGAAGAAGAUCGACGAGAACGCGUACGCCACCAAAGCCGCCUUCAAGGACGACCUGGUGCUCAUGUGCGAGAACUCGAUUGCGUACAACUCGCCAGACACGAAUUACUACAAGGCGGCCAAGGACUUGCUCGAAUUUGUCAAGAAGAAGGUGGUGCUGGAACCCCAAGACGGGCGAGACAAGGCGGGCUACUCGUCGGCGCCGGCAACUAAAAAGCACCUUGUUCGAUAAACCCCCCCACACAAAUCCCCCCCCCCCGCUGUCGUCGUCUUUUAGUUGUUUGCUUUGCUGGGGUUCAUACAUCAAAGCUAUAAUGCUCUUGGUGCUUACUACGACGACCGGAAACCAUAGUACUGUUGUGGGAAAAGGGGAAAAGUACACUAUUUUUUUUACCAAUGAUAUAUACUACUAGUACUACGUAGUACAUUACUAUUAAGACUCAGUAAUUGCAAUUUUUGCCAGCGCCG